AACACUUCCACAUGCCAGCAAGUACAUCCUUCACCAUGGUCAAUGAUCUCAAGCAUUAAGUUCAACCAAACUUUGUUGCCAUAGCUUACCUCGUUACGACAACGAUCUUGACAUUGCCUUCGUUCCGUAGUUCGACAACACCAACGUUUGGAUAAGAAGAAUGCGAGAUAAAAUGCAACUUAGAUCCAAUUUAUCAUUCUCAAUAAGCACGUACUUCUUUCUUGUGGACAAAACUUUCUAUUUUUUCUGCUGCUAACUUAAACCUGCGUGUCGUCUAUAUACAAUUCAAAGCCAAACUAUUAAUUCCACACCUGGUUGUGUCAUGAUCCUCGUCUUCUUAGACUGAUAAAUCGCUUGGCAAUUUUUGUCCACUCGAAAUGGGUCGAUAUAGUGUUUUGGUUCAGCACUGUUGAAUGUCGAAACGGAUACUACGCAUACAAGGGUUCACGCACCACCCAAGCGUUUCAGUGGAUAUGACGGACGAAAUCUAGUCUCUGAACAAUGCUAGCCCAUAACUUGUCUUUCACCUCAAAACCUCAGCAUUACGUACCAUUACCAGCAGACUUAAAAGAGCGUACUGUCGCCGUGGUUGGUCUUGGCAUGUACGAUCCACAUUCGGUGAACUUUUGGCGCACCAGAUCCAGAGGUCCUUAUUGUGAGUCUGUAAUUAAUAGCAUUUCUCAUACAAACGUCGCAUAUGAUGAUCGUAUGCUUGACAUAUGAUGUCUUUUUAAUUCUACUGCAAG